AUGAUCAAGAAGGAACAAGAAGAUUCAUUGGCCAAGCUCCCCCAGAAUGCACUUUUCAUGGUCCUCUGGAUUCGGUCAGAUCCGCCCCGGCAGAACGACUUCCAUUGGGGUUCUAUUUCCAUUCUGGCCCUCGAGGUGGCACCAAUGAUAAAUAUAGGCCGUGGAUGGAUACCCGAUCAUGGUCCAACUGGAGGAGAUUAUCACUCAAUUGUUUGGAUCUGGGGUCAUUGCGCCGAUCUGAAUGCGUCUGCUGUUGUUGAUGGGAUGUGA